GUCACGUGACUAGCCGUCACCGUCGGCUCCACGUGGGUCUUCGAGUAGCGCUUCCUGCGAGGUGAAGAUCUUGCGUUCGGUUUCCAAAACAGGCAUCAUGAAGGUCAAAACUUCGAAGAAGAGAUUCCGCUCUGGUUUUGUGAACUGUGAAAUCCAGGAAAAAGGACAUUGGGCUCCCGUAGAUUUAGAUCCAAGCAUUUUAUCAGAGGGUGGGAGCGGCCUUGUUUGUUUUGAAGAACUCAAAGACUAUAGAUUAGUUCAUUCUUCCAAGAAAGUGAAGAAGGAAGUAAAAAGGAAAAGAAAUGUUGAAGAAAAGUUGGUUGUGGAGAAAAAUGACACCGAUGAAGAAGAAUUGGUUGACUCGGCACACCCACCAAAGAAAAGAAAAAAGAAGGACAAAAAAGCAAUUGACUUGUGUCAGGCUUUGGACAGCGACAAUAAGAGCAAAUCAGAUUCUAGCCAGGUAUCAAAGAAAAAGAAAAAGCAACAGAAGAAAGCGGCUGAACCUCGUACCUCUGCAACAGGGCAGGCACAAGAAAAUAUGACAAUGAGAGCUGUUUCCCCUCCACCACAAUGUCCACAAUCUGAUAUGUCGGCAUGGAAGGACUUGUUUGUUCCUGAACCAGUUCUUCACGCAUUAAGUGACUUGGGUUUUGAUUCACCAACCCCAAUUCAAGCUCUGACUUUGCCUUCUGCAAUUAGAGAUAAGAGGGAUGUCUUUGGGGCAGCAGAAACAGGUAGUGGGAAGACUCUAGCAUAUGGCAUUCCAAUGAUCCAUUCAAUCUUGGAGUGGAAACAGCUGAGCGAGGGAAAAAGCGCAGAAGAGGAAAGUUUUGAAAGCCAAGAUGAUUUGAAAGAGACAUGUGACCAAGUCAGUGAAGCGGCAAGUGAUACCACAGAAGAAGAGGGUGAUGACAAUCAGGAAGAAAUAGAACCAGAUCAGCUGGGCUGCGUUAAAGUAGUCGAUAAUGUGGUGUUUGAUUUUGAAGGAAAAGAGACAACGGCCAAGUCCAAUACAAAGAAGCCAUUACUGGGACUUGUUUUGACCCCAACUAGGGAACUCGCUGUGCAAGUGAAAAAACACAUUGAGGCUGCUACAAAAUUUACAGGUAUCAAGACUGCAAUUGUUGUUGGGGGAAUGGCUCCUCAGAAGCAAAAAAGAGUAUUAAACCAUAAGCCAGACAUUGUGGUCGCAACACCUGGGCGACUCUGGGAGCUAGUUAAGGAAAAACAUCCACAUCUCACAAAUCUCAGGGAACUGCGGUGCCUUGUUAUUGAUGAAGCUGACCGGAUGGUAGAGAAGGGACACUUUGCAGAGCUUUCUGAGCUUCUUGAGGUGCUCCGUACCUUUCAAUUUAACCCAAAAAGGCAACACUUUGUGUUCUCAGCAACACUAACUUUGGUUCAUGAAACACCAAUGCGAGUGCUUCAGAAGAAAGGGAAACAGAUGGAUAGCGAAACCAAACUCGGUAUGCUAAUGAAAAAAGUAGGCAUCAGAACAAAGCCUAAGAUUGUUGACUUGACAAGAAAAGAGGCCACGGUAGAAACUCUUACAGAGACUGCUUUAUAUUGUGACACGGAUGAAAAGGACUUCUACCUGUAUUAUUUCUUGCUUCAGCAUCCAGGUAGAACAUUGGUGUUUGCUAAUAGCAUUGACUGUGUCAAACGUCUGUAUACACUGUUGAGUAUUCUGGAAUGCAGUCCUCUUACUUUACAUGCCAAUAUGCAUCAGAAGCAAAGACUGAAGAACUUGGAGCGCUUUGCAGAGCGGAGCAGCUGUGUGUUUCUCACAACAGAUGUUGCUGCUCGAGGACUUGACAUACCAGAUAUUGAUCAUGUCAUCCAUUAUCAGGUGCCAAGAACAUCUGAGACGUAUGUUCAUCGGAGUGGUAGGACGGCCCGAGCAAUGAAAAAGGGACUCACUCUCCUCCUGAUAGGCCCAGAUGAUAUGCUAAAUUUUAGAAAAAUUUAUCGAACAUUGGGAAAAGAUGAAUCGCUUCCACAGUUCCCAACAGAAGUCAAAUGCAUGGCUGCAAUAAAAGAGCGUGUUAAAUUGGCUCGAGAUUUAGAAAAAAUUGAGUAUCAUACUAAUCGAGAAAAGCAGCAUGAUUCAUGGUUUAAGAAAGCAGCAGAAGCAUUAGAAAUGGAACUGGAUGAUGACAUCCUAAUGGGAAGCAAAAAGGGAAGGGAUGAACACGAGGACAAGCAAAGAGAGAAGAUGCUUAAAGGCAUGAAGAAGACCCUAAAACAUUUACUCUCACAGCCCAUCUUCAAGCACAUAAUGAAAACGAAGUACCCAACUCAGUCUGGGAAGCUCCUCCUGCCAGACUUGCCUUUGUUAAAAGGGCACACCGCUCUAAGCACAGUUGCUGAACAUAAAAGCAAAAAAUUGGAAUUGAAAAAACAGUUAACUCCUAAAAAGAAGAAACAGAAAAUGUAAAAAAUAUUAAAAGAGGUAAUGAUCAUUUAAGACUUUAAAUAAAGUUUUAAUAGUUUUAUUACUCAGUUUGUAGGUUAAGCAUGAGAAAAAGUGCACCACUUUUUUGUGGCGAGUUGUUUACUGAAUAUUUUCAAAUUCUGUACCACAGUUUUGCCAUAUUAAUCUUUCAACAAAUAGUUAUUGAAACUGUAAAUGUUUUAUAUGUAUAUACUAUACAUAAUAUGGAUACACUGAACUCUAUGCUGCCUUAGUCAUUGCUAGAUAAAGAAAUAUAAUUUACUGUUACAAUGAUUACGAUACAAUUACUUAUUUGGAAGAGAAAUGUGGAAAACAACCAUUUGUGUCCACUUUUAAUGUUUUUGUAUGUUUUAUAAUUAAUAUUGCAUCAAUAGUUUCAGACUCUGACAUCAUAAUACCUGCGAAAUUAAGAGAAGUUGAAUUGCUGCUCCGAUGCUUGCUGUAAAGUGGAAACUUGUUUUUGUAUAAUGUAUAUCUUAUUAUAAAGUAUGCAUUUGUCUAA